AUGGGAGACCCUGUGGCAGAGUUCACUCAGUUUGGCUGGUCGAUUAUGUCGCAAGGAGUUCAGCCCAAUUUAGAUAAUAUGUUUCUUGCUCAAACUGCUCAAUCUGAUUAUGAGGAACUUUGUCGCAUGGAUGUUCUCGGUAUUCAAGACACACCACUUGGAGACCAGAAAGUUGUGCAUAAAGAGUUUUUGGAACAGCUUCGGCGUGAUCCUGUACAUGUGUGGUAUGAGACUGGCCUCCCUUGGAAGGGAGGCCAUCCGCCUUUGCCCUCAAAUGAGGAGAACAGUUUGAAACGUUUGGGGACCUUGGUGCAGCGAUUGAAGAAAACUGACAAAUUCGAUGAAUACAAUUCAAUUAUUCAAGACCAACUGAAACAGACCUUCCAACUUUGUGGCAUGAAAAUGAGUGAGAUUUAG